AUGCGAGACCUGGAACAACGCUUAACGCAGUUGACUGGACCAGGGGCAACAGAAACUGAAGGCCAGCCUGCCAAUGUCCGGGAAGGAACUCGAAACCUAAUUCUGCCAAACCGGGUUCCUGAAAUGGAAAAUCAAGAAAGGCCCAACCCGGCUAACGCAGCAAACCCGAACUACGGGAACCAAGCUGCUGAGGGCCAACAUGCUCAAAACCAUCUGGCACAAGCCAACGGCCAGGAGGACCGGAAUAGGACCCAUCCUGACAAAAAUGCUCAGAACAUCCGAGGUCGGGGGGAACCUGGCGGAUACAGAAGGAAGUACAGCAGCCCUUUUACUGGCAGAAUACUGAACGCUGCCUUCCCUGAGGACUUUGACUCAGCACGCUUGCCAAAGUAUUAUGGGAGCCAAGACCCACAGGUGCCCGGGUUGCAAGAGAAUGUCCAUGUACACCUCAUUGUGGCUGGUUUGGAUGGUGCUUCCAGGCUAGCCAAGUCGGUCUACAAGGACCCGGUGAGGAAGUUGGAGGAAUUCAGAACUCGUUCAAAGAAAUAUCUCGAACUGGAGCAAAUGGAGAUUUCAAAUGCGCAAUCUGAAGAGGGCAAAAGAGUUAUCCCGAGAAGGAGGAGCCCGGCCCCAAAGGGGAAAGAACGGGUGGACAAUAAGAAAAAAGACCCACGCGCCAGAGUCCCGGACAUGAGGGAUCAGGUUGGAAGAUAUGACAAGUAUACACAGUUGAAUGCGUCGCGCUCUCAAAUCUGGAGGGAAGUAGCAAUGACGGAAAUAAAGAAGGUGGACAGACCCCGGCCUAUAUUUGACAGAGGAGGUUUGGACAAGUCCAAAUACUGUGUCUUCCAUGAUGGGCCGGGCCACACAACUGAUCAAUGUUGGGAUCUCCGAGAUGCUGAGAAGAAAUUUGUGAGAGAUGGACGAUUGCGUCAAUACGUGAUCAAAACCCAAGGGUCCAAAAACAACAAAAGGAAGUCGAGAAACAGAAAGAGAAGUAAAAGUCCAGUUCCUGAAAAGAAGAACAAGGACGAAAGGGACCGCAAAGAUGAUCCCAACUUCGACGAGUUCCCAGAAGCGGAAUUCGAUUGCAACGUAAUCAGUGGAGCCCUUGGAAGAGGGGGUGACACUAUAAGCGCAAGAAGGAAGUACUUGAAGGAGUUCCUUUCAAUUCGGGACCGUCCUAAAUUCAUGGAAGACCCAAACAAACCAGAUCCUCAUUUGCUGUAUUUUACAAAGGAGGACAUGCAUGGCGUGUUGCCGGGGCAUGUUGACGGACUAGUCAUCGGUGGAACCCUGGUAAACUGCCGAGUUAAAAAGAUUUUUGUUGACGCAGGGAGUAGUGCCGACAUCAUACUAUUGGACGCUUUCAAAAAGAUGAACCUGGAUGAGGAGGACCUCGAACCUUGUAAAACAACAUUGAUAGCUUUUAAUGGAGAGCAUACACCUCCUAAAGGCUAUAUAGAUCUCCGGUUGACCCAAGGAACCAAAGAAGCGUUCAAAUCAGAACGUGUAAGAUUUAUAGUGGCUGACUUCCCAUCAGAAUAUAACAUAAUUCUCGGAAGGCCAACCAUACACCAGUAG